AUGGCCACAAACAGCAGAGAAGCCCGAAGGAGGAAGAUCAUGGAGCGAGGAUCCGAUCGCCUAGCCCUAAUCACGGGUCGGAUCCAAACCCUACCAUCCUCCUCUUCUUCAUCAACAGACCCAGCAACUCACCGUGAAGAUACAGACCCACCAUCGCACCCGUUGAUUUCCCAUGAUCAGGAGCCCCAAAUCCAUGUCCCAGAUCAAAUCCCAGUGGUCACCCCUGAGAUUGAGGAAAAGGGGUUUGAUUUGCAAUGUGACACAAAUACUGAAGAAGUCUUUGGAGCCACUGAUUCACAAACCCAACCACUUGUGUCCUCAUCAUCAACGGUUGAAAGGCCAUCACCAUCAUCAUUACCAACAUUAACACCAUUUCAAAAACCUAGACUUGUCACUUGGACUGGAAUAAGUGAUGCCAUUGAAGCAACAGAAAGGACCCGCAUUUACAUUUCAGUGGCAGUAGCCUUCUUGGUGGUUUUAGCCCAUCUGAGUUUUCCUUUACUAGGGAGUAAAAUGGUGAAGACUCUUUUGGGUUUUAGGCCUCUCUAUCUAGUUUUGGUGACCAAUGUAACACUUGUGCUUGUGCGAAUUGUCGAGAGCGGUAGACGAAGACUCUCUGGAAUGGCUGGCAGACUUGGUGAGCUUAAUAUGCCAGUUGACGGAUAUGAAUGGGCUGAUCGGUUAGGCAGGACUUUACAGGCAGGCUUGGUGGUGAAGAAGGUACUUGAUGCUCUGCUCAUGGACUGUGCCGUGUAUGCAAUAAUUGUUGUAUGUGGCCUCUCUUUUGCACAGCAGUUGAGCUAG